AUGUCCGCACUUGCACUUAACAAAGUUCGUAGCACGUUCGGGGUAGUUUCGCGCGAGUGGAGAAGUGUCGAGUACGCCCUGCGUGUGGGGGCGGCGUGCUCUUGCGAGCGUCUGGCAGUGACUGUGUUGGUGGAAGGCGGCCGGUCGCGGCCUGCGUUCGCCUCCUCCCCGCGCCUCGUGUGCGCUUUUUACGCACGCAGCGCAGCGUGCCGGAGUGCAGUGCAAUUGCGUGCGGGCGAGAGGGCGCGGGCGCGGGGCCGGCGCGCCCGACGAAUUGCAGCGCGCUGA